AUGGAGUUAUUCGCAGAUGUCACUCCUAGAACAGCCGAAAAUUUCCGCAGAUUCUGCACAGGUGAAAGCAAAAACUCCCAAGGAAAGCCGCAAGGAUACAAGAACAGCAAGUUUCACCGAGUAAUCAAAGAUUUUAUGAUACAAGGAGGCGACUUUGUCAAUGGAGAUGGAACAGGAUCCUGUACCAUUUAUGGUACCCCCAAAUUUCCAGAUGAGAACUUUGUUCUGAAGCAUGAUCGUGCGGGUCUGUUAAGCAUGGCUAACUCUGGGCCAAAUACAAAUGGCUCCCAGUUCUUUAUAACAACUACAGCGACUCCAUUCUUGAAUGGGAAGCAUGUUGUGUUUGGGCAGGUAGUGGAUGGCAUGGAUAUCGUGCGGAUGAUCGAAAACACACGCACAAUUAGGGACAAGCCAAGCCAAGAUGUGAUCAUUAUACAAUGCGGAGAGAUUUGA